CCUUCUUGAGUCCACUUGCGUAUAUUAGCGGCGUGUAGUGUAUACCUACCUGCUUAUUUAGCUACAGCAGUAACUUAUUUAACUGUAUUUUUAAAAAUUAUUUAGAGAUCUAGAUAGAGAUCUAGUUCUAGAUAUGAAUUCAUCUAGUAAUGCGACGCAUAUUCCUCCACCACCUGUGAUGUGGGCCCAGCGCAAAGAUAAACUUUUUCUCACUGUGCAGCUUGAAAACUGUGUUAAUCCUACAAUAACUCUGAAAGACAAUAGUUUGUAUUUCCAUGGCAAGGGAGGAACAUCAAAUUCUGACCACGAGGUCUUAAUGGAAUUUAACAAAGAUAUUGACCCUGAAACAUCCAAGUACCAUGUCACUGGCAGAGAAGUUAUAUUUGUUAUUAUGAAAAAAGAGGAUAGUUCUGGUUUUUGGCCUAGGCUUCUAAAGGAUUCCAAAAAAGUACAUUAUUUAAAAACAGACUUUGAAAAAUGGAGAGAUGAGGAUGAUUCAGAUGUGGAAGACCAUGAAGAUUUUAAUUUAGAUGAGAUGAUGCAGUCCAUGGGAGGUUUGCAAGGCGGCGGUGCUGCACCAGACUUAGGGGAUCAAGAGGACAGUGAUGACGAAGACUUGCCAGACCUACAAUAGUAAAGAUGUGUUUUGUGUGUGAGCUAAUGAUUGCUACAUGAAUGUGUACAUUUGUAAGAUUAUUUUUAACCAUCAUUAGUUGUUGGUUGCUCCAAGUGAGAGUAAUCUACUUUUUUUUCAUCUUGUUUUGUUAAAUAAAUUUUGGAGAAAAAAAUAUUAGUCUUUUUUUCCAUCCAGAUAAGUUUUAUAUCAACUAAUUUGACAGAAUAAAUCAUUCAAAAAUGUUUA